AUGCCUCUUUUCAUAUCUUCUCCAUCUUCAUUCAGACUUAUCUUGAAGACAACUUCCCAUUGCUGCAAAUCCAUUCAAUCCAGGAGAUUUUAAUUGCAAUGGAAAGACUUCCUGAAUCAUUGCUAAUGGAAAUUUUUAGGAGAAUUGGUAAAACUAGUGACAGAAACUCACUCUCUCUUGUUAGCAAAUACAUACACUUUAUAGAAAGAGAACAAAGGAAUUUCUUGAGAGUUGGUUGUGGAUUACAUCCAGCUACUGAAGCAUUGACUUCACUAUGCAUUCGGUUUCCAAACUUGAAGAAGAUAGAAAUCAUAUACUCUGGUUGGAUGUCCAAUUUGGGGAAGCAACUGGAUAACCAAGGCCUCCUUGUCAUCUCCUCUCAUUGCCAUUCACUCUCUGAACUAACCUUAAGCUUUUGUUCAUUCAUCAAUGACACUGGUCUUGGUUAUUUGGUGUCUUGCAAGAACCUUGCUUCUUUCAAGUUAAAUUUCGCUCCGGCUAUCAGUUCGAAUGGUAUUUUGUCUCUUGUUGUUGGCUGUAAGAAGCUGAACACUCUCCAUUUGAUUCGAUGUAUGAAAGUGAGCAGUGUGGAGUGGCUUGAAUAUCUUGGCAGGCUUGGAACUCUGGAGGACCUUGUCAUCAAGAACUGUAGGGCUAUCGGUGAGGACGACCUCACAAAAUUAGGUCCUGGAUGGAGAAAACUUAAGCAUUUGGAGUUUGAGGUGGAUGCCUAUUAUCGGUAUCCGAAGAUUUGCAAUAACAUUUCUGUUGAUAGGUGGCUGAGACAGGACGUUUCCUGCGAUGAGUUGAAGGAACUUAGUUUGAUGAAUUGUAUUAUAGCUUCAGGUAGAGGGCUUUCAUUUGUGCUCGGGAAAUGCAGGUCUUUGGAGAAGCUGCACUUGGACAUGUGUAUCGGUGUCAAAGAUGCUGAUAUGGCCGCAUUGAGCCAGUGCUCAAAAAACCUGAAAUGCUUAUCACUCCAUCUUCCUUCACAGUUCUUGGCUCCGGUUUUAGUAAAUAGUCCGUUGCAAAUGACUGAUGAUAGUCUGAGGGCAUUGGCUCAGGGAUGCAGCAUGCUUGAAGAAGUGGAGUUAUGUUUUUCUGACGGAGAAUUCCCAUCCAUCUCUUGUUUCACUCAGAAUGGCAUCCUUGCAUUGAUCGAAAGCUGUCCAAUUCGAGUGCUAGUGCUUAACAGUUGUUGCUUCUUCAAUGAUGUGGGUUUGGCAGCUCUUUGCACUGCUCAUUUUCUGGAACACUUGGAGCUUGUCAAAUGCCAAGAGAUUACUGAUGAGGGGAUCAUGUUGGUGAUGAGCUUCCCUUACUUGAACACACUCAAGCUAAGCAAAUGUUUGGGUGUGACCGACGAUGGUCUGAAGCCACUUGUGGGCUCAGGAAAACUAGAAACAUUGAUCGUAGAGGACUGUCCGCAGAUUUCUGAGCAUGGUGUUCUAGGAACUGCAAGGGUUGUGUCUUAUAAGCAAGAUCUCUCUUGGUUGUACUAAAAUCCUUUGUUUGUACUCAUUUGGAACUCUAUUUAAAAGUUACAUGCUUGUAAUUAAGGUGUUGGACCUUCAGUGUAUUUAACUUGUAUUGUGAUAAUGACCAAUGAAUUCAUUUUAUUUGAAUGGUGUUUGUUAGAA